CAAACGAACGGAUCAGAUCGCCCAUAGAUGCACCACGCGCCACCCCCGAAAACAAGACGGCCACCAGCAACGCAAGCUGCAGGUCCCUUUCUUCCGACCAUCUACAACCGCCGCCGCCGCCGCCGUCGUGUGCUCGCCGUGCCGCUCCCCGCUCCCCAUCGUACCAGGCUCCUCCACACAGCUGCUGAGCAUCGCAUCGCUGCGAAGACCCCCGCCCUGGCGGAGCUCGGGGGCGGCUCCGGCCCUGGCAGACGCGGGCGGUGAGGCGCCCGGAAACCAAGGGUGGCGAGGUGGAAGGGGAAGCGGACCGAGUAGAGGAUGAUCUACACGGCGAUCGACACGUUCUACCUGACGGACGAGCAGCUGCGGGACUCGCCGUCGCGGAAGGAUGGGAUCGACGAGGCCACCGAGACCGCACUCCGCGUCUACGGCUGCGACCUCAUCCAGGAGAGCGGCAUCCUCCUCAGGCUACCACAAGCAGUGAUGGCCACAGCGCAAGUAUUAUUCCAUCGCUUUUACUGCAAGAAAUCAUUUGUUCGAUUUAGUGUUAAGAGAGUUGCUGCUAGCUGCGUUUGGCUGGCAGGGAAGUUGGAGGAGAGUCCAAGGAAAUCAAAGCAUAUUAUCUUUGUCUUCCACAGAAUGGAAUGUAGGAGAGAAAAUUUGCCAAUUGAACACUUAGAUGUUUUUUCAAAGAAAUAUUCAGAACUGAGGCAUGACCUAAUAAGGACAGAACGACAUCUGUUGAAGGAGAUGGGGUUUAUUUGCCAUGUCGAACACCCCCAUAAGUUCAUAUCGAACUACCUUGCAACACUUGAAGCCCCUGAGCUGACACAAGAGGCAUGGAACCUUGCCAACGAUAGCUUGCGGACAACUCUCUGUGUACGCUUCAAGAGUGAAGUAGUAGCAUGCGGAGUUGUAUAUGCUGCAGCUAGAAGACACCUUGUUCCCCUCCCUGAAGAUCCUCCUUGGUGGACUGUCUUUGAUGCUGAUGAAGCAGGAAUUCAGGAAGUUUGCAGAGUUCUUGCUCACCUAUACAGCCUCCCCAAGGCACAAUACAUACCAGUGUAUAAAGACAAUGAUUCCUUUACUGUUAGAAGGACCUCUGAUUCACAGGCUUCAAAGGGAAGUCCAGCAAUUGCUGUUGCUAGCGAUAAGGGUACCCCUAUACCCUCAAGUUCUAGCCAGGUGAAGGAUUCUGUGACUAAGGCUGGAUCAAACAAGGUGAAGGAAAAAAGUGACGAUGAAGGUAAGCCAUUGCCUGCUGAACCCAAUGGAAAAGAAGACCCUGCUGUGAACUCGAAGAGUGAGAAGUCAGAGUCCACUGUUGACCAGAGUCGUGAAAGAGAAAGGGCUAGAUCAAGAGGGCGGGAUCAUGAUGGCAGGGGUAGGGAUUCUGAUCGUGAUAGCAGGGGCCGUGAUUCUGAUCGCGAGAGGGAUCGGAGACACCAUUCUAGGGACAAAAGUUCAGGAUACUCGGACAAGGAGAAGUCAAGGCGCCACUCAUCACGAGACCGGGGUGACUACUACAGUUCACACUCAUCUCGUGAAAAAGAUCGGCAUAGGCACCAUUGAUCAAGCUGACUUCCCAGCUUUGAUAGGUCAGGUGCAUGGAGACCGCUAGGCUGCGCCCUAUGACGCAUGGGAGGAAUCUGUAGUGCGGGUAUCAUCUCUUAAGUUGUUUUGCACUGUACAUGCGAAUUGCAAUUCAAGCCUUGUUUCCCUUCGCUUCAUUAUUUUUGCCACUGUAUUUUGCAAUGCGCCAGAUAAUGUAGCUUUACGGAGCAUGUGACCACCUUGAGUUCCUAGAAAGUGAAUUAGAAGUCACGAAACUAGUGGCUGACGUA